AUGGAGCUGAAAUGGUUCUACACUGUGAUUGUUAUACAAGGGUUAUCAUCAACAGCACAAGAGUUGGCAGUGACACCUACAUCCUCAGUUCGAAACAACACAGAGGUGUCGACGACUGCAGACGCAUCAUCAAUAUUGCGUAACAUCACUGCCGGAACUGCCGCAUCUGUUGCAAGGUGUAACGUGACCGACAUGGAUGUCAGAGACAGCAUCGACAACAACGAAACUAUGAACGACAGCUGUAACAACACUGCGAACGAAGACGAAAAGCAGACCAACCCAUUCGGUCUGAUCCAUUCUGGCAGUGUGACAGAGGCUACAUACAAAUCCUUCGUCACUGUGACUGACUACAUCCAGUUCCCAUGCUCGGUAAUAGCCCUCGCCACCAACAUCUGCAACGUCAUCGUGUUCUGUCAGAAACGGAUGAAAAGCCCGUCAAGUACAAUCCUACUAGCUCUGUGCGUUUCCGAGCUCCUCUACCUCGUCAUUUUCAUGAUCGACAGCAUCAUAAACUUGAUAUACAGCGCCGAGGCUGGGACUAAACGCAUCAAACUAUUCUAUGGCAUCUACAUUAACAUUUUCGUAGCUGUGGCUCUCAGGAGAGUUGGAUUUUGUUACACCUGCCUGGUGUCCGCUGAGAGGUUCAUAGCUGUCACGUUUCCCCUUCAAGCCAAAAGUAUGCGUCUUGUGAAAAACCCAGGUGUCGUCUGCGCACUAAUUAUGGCGGUUUGCUUAAUAGCACAUAUCUUCAGCCCCUUGAAAUUUGCCGUCAUAUCUUACCUGGCGUCCGACAACACAACAGCGUACAGAUCCCAGUAUUCUUCAAUGUAUGUCAAGGAUAAAGUUCAUUUUGAAAACUCCAGUAUCGCUAGUAAAGUUAUAUUUGUGUAUUUGAUGCUUUUCGGAUGUCUAAUGUUCAAUCUUCUAAUUGUAAUAUCACUCCGACGUCACAGCAAGGGGAGACAAUCGAUUAAGACCAGCCAGAACUCGGGAGAAAAACAGAAGAUUGAGAUGCAGACGACAAUAACCAUCAUGGCGUCAACCGUUGUCUUCGUCAUCCUCGCCCUGCCUUCCAACACCAGCUCGUUCAUCGCUAACGUCAACGACGACUACGGCUUUUACACCAGAGAACACUUCCUUUUCCUGGUCAUGAACAAAGCUGGAGGUGUUUGUGAGCUUGUCAGUAUGUUUAUUGAUUUCAUCUUCUACAUUGCUCUCAGUACAGCUUUCCGGGAAACCUUCGUCCAAGUGUUCAUCCCAUGUGCAGCUCGCGGUAAACCUGGAAAGAAGAUUGGGACAGGAAGUGCCAGACUAGGCACAAUAUCAACAGGCAUCUCACGUUCCAACUGA